AUGGCAGCUUCUUCGGAGGCGAGUUCCCCCCGUGCCGCGGGGCUGGAUGAGAGGAAGGCCAACUCGACCGCCUCCGCCGCCUCAGGCUCCAACUCCUUCCUCGAUGUCGCCAUGGACGACUCCUCCGGCGCUUCCGCGGUAGCUUCCUCCUCAUCGGACGCGUCUUCGGCGAGCGGCUCCUCGCUGGCGGCUUCCCUUUCAGCCGCGCAUCUGCUUCAGAACGGCCCCUUGAGGCAGAGCUUUCUGCGCAAGGCCAUGGUGGAGGAGAAGAGUGGCGCGCUCAUGACCGUCGACGCAGUCCAGUUCGACGUGCUCUCCGGCGAAGAGAUCAGCAGAUACAGCGAAGUCGAGAUCCACAAUAGAGAAAUCUACGUCAACAUGACCAGCACGCCGCACCCCUACGGGGUGUUGGAUCUCCGUCUUGGUCCGAACAAGAGCGACAGUCGCUGCCAGACGUGCGGUCACACGCUGCUUCAGUGCACCGGUCACUGGGGCUUCAUGGAUUUGCAGGCGCCGGUCUACCACGUGGGGUAUUUUAAGUACGUGCUGCAGAUUCUGUAUUGCAUCUGCAAGAGCUGCGCGGCGCUUCUGCAGCCGCCCGAGCAGAAGGAGAAGUUGCUGCUGCGCAUCCGGCGCCACCAUUCGGACCCUAUCGUCAAGCGACUGCUGUUCAAGAAGACCGUAGAGGCCUGCAAAAAAGUCUCCAAGUGCUUCGAGUGCGGCGCGCCGCAGGGCGUCCUGAAGCGCGUGGUCAAGCCGAGUUUGGACCAGUUCAUGAAGAUUCGGCACGUGGUGAAGGUGAAGGACGGCCGGGCGCUGACCGUCGAAGACGACCUCGAUCCGCUGUUUGUGAAGAACCUGCUCGAGCGGAUUCGCCCCAGCGAGUGCGAAAUCCUGGACAUUGUCUCUCCGGAGAAGCUUCUGCUCUCGCGGCUCCUCGUCCCGCCGAGCUGCAUUCGGCCGUCUGUGACGAUUGGCGAGCAGGGGACGACGGAGGACGACCUCACGUGCGUCCUCUCAGACAUCGCGGAGCUGAACAACGUGCUGCACAGCCACGCGCAGUCUGGCUUCCACAUGAAUCAGUUUCUGGGCAUCUGGGAGUUUCUCCAGCUCCAGUGCACGCGGCUGAUCAACGCGGACGCGCCGGCGGUGUCGCAGCUGCUCGCCUCGAAGAACAUCAGCAAACCGGGUCGCGGCAUUUGCCAGCGGCUCAAGGGCAAGGAGGGACGCUUCCGUGGCAACUUGUCAGGGAAGCGCGUGGACUUCUCAGGGCGCACCGUCAUUUCGCCGGAUCCAAACGCGAAUGUGUACGAAGUCGUCGUUCCGGAGUGGGUCGCGAAGCGCCUCACGUUUCCAGAACGCGUCAACCGCGCCAACAUCGAAGUACUUCGCGCCGCUGUGCUCAAAGGCUGCAACGACUGGCCUGGGGCGUGCUACGUGAACAAAAUCGACGGGAGCAAGUGCAGUCUGCGCUACGCGAACCGGCGCCACGUGGCGGAAAACCUGCAGAUCGGCGACGUCGUCGAGCGACAUCUGUGCAACGGCGACGUCGUGCUAUUCAACCGCCAGCCGUCGCUGCACAGGAUGAGCAUCAUGGCUCACAGAGCCCGCGUGAUGCCCUGGCGCACCUUCCGCUUCAACGAAUGCGUCUGCUCGCCCUACAACGCGGACUUCGACGGAGACGAGAUGAACCUCCACCUGCCGCAGACCCACGAGGCGCGCGCCGAGGCCCUGUAUCUCAUGGGCGUCGUCAACAACCUCGUGACCCCCAAGAACGGCGAGCCGCUCAUUGCAGCCACGCAGGACUUCCUCUCCUCGUCCUACAUGCUCACCCACAAAGACGUCUUCCUCACGCGCGACCAGUUCUGCCUCACCUGCUCCUACUUCACCGACGGCCUGAGUCAAAUCGACCUGCCGCCGCCGACCAUCCUGAAGCCCGUCGAACUCUGGACGGGCAAGCAAGUCAUCGGUGUUCUCUUGCGUCCCAACAGAAACAGCUUCGUCAUGGUCAAUUUCCAGCUGAAGGAGCGCGAGUUCUCUGCCGCGCGAAUCCCCAAAGGCGAAGCGCCUUUCAUGUGCCCCAGCGACGCCUACGUCAUUUUCCGACACUCAGAGCUCCUCGCCGGAUGCAUCGGCAAGAAGGUGCUAGGCGAUGCGAAGUUCGGUCUCUUUUUCCACUUGAUUCGCGACAACUCCCCCGCGCAAGCAGCGGCAUGCAUGGGACGCAUCGCGAAGCUCUCUGCGCGUUGGUUUGCGAACCGCGGGAUGACGAUCGGAAUCGACGACGUCUCUCCGAGUCCGUCCUUGUUGGCGGCGAAGAAAGAGAUUUUGAAUCACGGCUACAACCAGGUCGCGCAAGAAAUUCUGAUGUACAAGAAAGGCGCGCUUCAGCCGCAUCCUGGGUGCACUCUGGAGCAGACGCUCGAAGUCCGCGUGAAGUCCAUCCUAGAUGACCUGCGUAACGAAGCAGGCAAGGCGUGCAACCGCGUGCUUCACCCGCUCAACAAACCUCUGAUCAUGUUCAACUCCGGCGCCAAGGGUGCGCUGAUCAACAUCGCGCAGAUGAUUGCCUGCGUCGGUCAGCAGAACGUCAGCGGUCAGCGGAUACAGAAUGGGUUCGUCUCGCGAACGCUCCCGCACUUCCCCCUCAAUUGCAAGGACGCGAAAUCGAGAGGCUUCGUCGCCAACUCUUUCUACUCGGGAUUGCGGCCUGACGAGUUCUUUUUCCACACUAUGUCUGGACGAGAGGGACUCGUCGACACUGCGGUCAAAACUGCAGAAACAGGGUAUAUGCAGAGAAGGCUUAUGAAGGCGCUUGAAGAUCUCUCAAUUCGUUACGACAACACAGUGCGGACGAGCGACGGGCAGAUAGUCCAGUUUGUGUACGGGGAUGAUGGGCUGAACCCGGCGAUGAUGGAGGAUAAGAAUCAGCCGAUGAGUCUCGACAAAGUUUUCCAGCACACCUCGUCUCUGCUUCACAUCAAGCCCCUUCACUGUCUUCCGCCUCUUCCUGCUUCGUGUUCGCUUCGGUCGGCGGCUUCUUCUCUUGCGUCUUCUCCGUCUUCUGAUCCACUUCCAGACAGGGUGCUCCCGCCCGAUACUGACGACCUUUUGCUGGUGCUGCUCCAGCGGUACGAGCAAAUGGACAUUCGGCUAGUCGAAGCCUCGCAGCGACAGGCGAGCGGCAACGCCCAGCCUCCGCGAGCCGUGUGUGAGAUCUUCGCGCGCCUCGCGGCGGCUGACGGCGACCUCUCCGCCAGGCGAGCUGAGGACGGCGGAAAGGAGAGAAGCGCGCGGGAAGACUGGGCAAAGCUGAUGAAGCUGCCGCGAUCGUACAGGCAGAAGCUUGCGAUUCUCCUGCAGACCUCCGCCAGUGGAGCAGGCGCCAGUGCAGCGAGUAGCCGCUUCAGCCAGCAGGUCCGCGGCAAUCUGCUAGCCCACGUCGCCGUUUACGAGUGGCUACCGGUCAGGCAUCAGCACGUCCCUCUUCUGCCUUACGAGAUUCUCCAGUGGAGUUCCUACUUGUUGAGUCGGACCGCGGAGCUCGUGCCGCUGCCCCUGUGUGAGCAUCAGAAAGUUGCGCUGGAGGAGGCGCCGACGCACCAGCAAGGCACCGAACGCGUCAGACUAUUUCAGGAGGAGUUGCGCGUUUGGCUCGAGAGCAAAGCUGCACAAGUUGCUGAGUAUCGGCGCAACGACCGCGAAGACCCCGGGUUCACAGAGGAGAGCUACGAGCGUUUGCUGCGCGCGUGGAGGCAGAUGGGCUUCGGUAUCGAGAGACGCCAGUGGAUUGUGCCGACGGAGGAGGAAGGACUGGCAAAAAGCGAAGUCACGAUGAAGCCUCGCGACGAGUCUGGCGACGACGAAGGUGCGCAGUCGCCGCGCAGAGGCCGAAACGCAGGAUCGCGCAGGCUUCAGGGCCGCACCGAAGUGGAGCAGGAAAUGGCGGAAUCGUCAUUCGCAGAGAGAGGACGCGGGGAACCGGGAGACGACACUGGCAGUCAUGAUGAUCUGCUGCCCAAACGCAAGUGGAAAUUCAGCAAGCACCAGUGGGUGACCGUCAGGCAUAUCCUCGAAUUCCUCCGGUGCAGUUGGCGCAAAUACGUGAAAGCGAUCAGCGAGGCCGGAGAGGCUGUUGGAGCCAUGGGCGCGCAGUCCAUUGGAGAGCCUGGCACGCAGAUGACACUAAAGACUUUCCAUUUUGCAGGUGUAGCGUCCAUGAACGUGACGCUGGGUGUUCCGCGUAUCAAGGAAAUCAUUAAUGCCGCGCAAAAGAUUCAGACACCUAUCAUUGAAGUCCCCCUAGUCAACGACGAGGAUUACAAUUAUGCGGUCAUGGUGAAGAAUCGAAUCGAGAAGACGUUGCUAUCAGAGUGUUGUUCAUACAUCAAAGAAGUCUACGCGCCGGAUGGCGCAUGGCUUGUCGUCAAGCUAGACCAGCAAACGAUCCGGAAGCUGUUCCUGGAUAUCAACGCCCACACGGUGAAAGAAGCAAUUCUCAAGCUGCCAGCAGUGAACAAAGUGCGCAUAACGAAGAACUCUGUGGAGAUCAUCAACGAAUGGAAAGUGCGAGUGAUGCCGCCUGGAGGAAACCAAAUCUUCUUUCAGCUUCAAGCUCUAAAAAUUGGGUUGCUGAACGUCGUACUGUGUGGUCACAAGGACGUCAAGCGCGGGGUAAUCAAGUGUGAGCACAUCGACCAGCCGGAUGGAACCAAGAAGACGGUUUACGGACUGGCGGUCGAAGGCUACGGGCUGCGCGACGUCAUGGGCACUCAAGGUGUCAGGGCGCUGCAGGCGACUUCCAAUCACGUCAUGGAAGUGGCUCAGAUUCUCGGUAUCGAAGCUGCGCGAGCAGUGAUCAUCAACGAGAUCCGCAAAUGCAUGGACGCGUACUCCAUGGAUAUCGACUGUCGGCACAUGACGCUACUCGGAGACGUUAUGACGUUCAGGGGAGAGGUGCUCGGUAUCAAUCGCUUCGGUAUUCAAAAAAUGCGUGCUUCCACGCUCAUGCUAGCGUCGUUCGAGGAGACAAACGAACAUCUGUUCGAGGCCGCGGUUCACCAUCGCGCUGACCCUGUGAAGGGCGUCAGCGAGUGCAUUAUUAUGGGAAAGCAGGUCACUCUUGGAACGGGGAGUUUCGAUCUGCUCCUCUCGCAGUCUGGAACGCCCAUGGCCAGCGACUAUGGUGGCGUGCUUUCGGGAUACGGAUUUCAGGAGGAGCCGUCCACGUAG